AUGUACGCGGCGCCUCGGAGCAGCAGCAGCAAGAGGAGGGCGGCGGCGGCGGCCGUCGCCGUCCUCGCCGUCUCCCUCUCGCUGCCGCUGCUCGUCCCCUUCGGCGCGGCGCAGCAGGAGAUCGAUGACGAGCUGGAGUUCAGCUACCGGCGCGACGCCGGGAACGGGCCGGAGCGGUGGGGCGCGGUGCGGCGGGACUGGGCGGCGUGCUCCGCGGGCCGGCUGCAGUCCCCCAUCGGGCUCUCCGACGCCGUCGCGGGGCUCGCCGACCGCCCCGGGCGCCUCGGCCGCUCCUACCGCCCCGCCGCCGCGUCCAUCGUCAACCGCGGUCACGACAUCAUGGUGAGGUUCAACAGCAACCCGGGCGGCGUGGUGAUCGACGGCGUGGCGUACCGGCUACGGCAGAUGCACUGGCACGCGCCGAGCGAGCACGCCAUCAACGGCCGCCGCUACGCCCUCGAGCUGCACAUGCUGCACCAGAGCGACGCCAACAGCAACAAGUACGCCGUCGUCGCGCAGCUCUACACCAUCAGCCGGAGCCGCCGCGACAGGACCAUCCACAGGCUGGAGCGGUACAUCAGGAGGAUCGCAAGGAGGAAGGACCACGAGGAGCUCAUUGACGACACGGUGGAUCCGCGGCGGCCGGUGAGCCGGAGCACCGUGUACUACAGGUACGCGGGCUCCUUCACCACGCCGCCCUGCACGGAGGGCGUCACCUGGGUGGUCGCCCGCCAGGUAAGAAGAUCCUUGAGCUUGUACCAGUAG